AUGUAUCAUGGAACCUGUGUGUCGUUUAACAUCGGUCUUCCAACCAACGACACAGUUAUUUGUCAACUGAGUGACUCAGAUCACACCCUCCACCCCAGUGAUCUGAAACUACAGGCGGGUUUUACCUAUAGGGGCGCUGAGGUAAAAACUUAUCAACAUGGCAAAAAUUCAUAUACAUACAUUGCAAUUUACAACAUUCAGCCAUCAUUGAUCACUUAUGAAAACCCACUUUAAUCAUCACUUCCUUCCGACUAGGAUCGCCACUGUUAUCAUAAACUGCCACUAAGACGACGAUUUAUUUACUGAAACCUCCCUUGACUCUAAGAAACAGGUAUUUUAAAAAGCAAUCUGAUAAACAGGAAAAUGCCAUAGACUUGCCAGGUAAACGUUAAAGAGUUUGCAGAAGUUAGGUGAGAAAAGGCCCCUAGUGAAUCCUGAGAACAAAUUUCUGUCUCACACGUCAAGUUAUUCUCGGAAUAGAAAAGGGAAACGUAAUAACAAGCAACAAAUAUAGGUUCCUUGCAUUUGUAUGAAGUUUAUUACCAGCAGGCAUUCCAUUCUUAUCAGAACCCAUGUUCCAGCAACCCAUGCUUCUAUAAUGGAACUUGCCUCAAUGGAUUCACACCUAAAAAGUAUCUUUGUGUAUGCCCAGCUGGUACAUAUGGAGAACAGUGUGAGAAAGGUAUAGUCAUAAUAUCAAGCCAUACUCGCAAACGAAAAUGACAUUGCUGAAUAUAAAGUUUCAAACUAGAAGACAAAUACAAGGAACAAAAUUAAAUUUUCUACUAAAAACAGUUGAGUUAGUGACCAGAACGGCAAUGAGAGAGGCCCGCAUUAUCUCUUAUGAGCUGUUACUUCAAAUGAAGGGUAUUUUCAUAGAUACACAUUGAGAACGUUUUUACCAACGUGUAGCACGCAACGGUUAGUAAAUAUUUAUUACCUCACCUAUGACAGUUCGCCCAGAAGUAAGCAAUUUAUAGUGGACGGGAGAUGGCGAAGCGUUAAAUAACUGUAACGUAGCGUUUCCCCACCUCAUUCAAAAAGAAAAAAAUGAUGAGAAAAAACGGCUGAUCGUAUUCGUUUUAUUACAUGGACAGCGUCGUAUUCGUUUUUUCAUGGACAGGGAUCUAAGCACUCUUUGAAUCAAUGUGACCACUAUACAUCAACAACUGAGAUGCGUAUUUUUUGCAUGCGCUUCCCGGCCAUCGUCGGCCUCGGUUGUUAACAUUCUCCUCGGACUGCAUAAUUAUCAACAUCAGUCAUACUCAGCCUCAUUCUAUAAUUGUUAAACAGCAAUGCCAUCCGCUUAAUGUAAAACAUUCUUGUCCUUAGUUGCUACAAGUUGCAAGGAACUCUACGACAAAAACAUGUAAGUAAUUACAACUAAAAAUCUGGAUUUCCUGCUUUGGCAAAUCUAUACAAGGCAAAACAUAUUAUACCAUAUUUCCUGUGUUACAGGGAUUCAAGCUAGAAAAUUUAGCGCGAAUAUAUAGGUCUUAUUAUUCAGCGAAUAAAAACAUCACUCUUGUGCUUAUAUACAUGUAUAGCAUGCAAACAUGUCAAUAUUUGUUAACUUUUUUGUUAACCUUAAGCAGAGGCCGUCCUGAAUAAAGUUAGUACACGCAAAAGGAAAUACUCGACUUCUCCCAACUUUUUUCCCAGCCUCCAAAAGCAUGGGUUUGAAUCUGUAUGACACAAUAAUAAAACAUGAUGUUUCUCGCAAAAGGCGCACAACCCAACAGAGAGUAGGUGUUCCCACAUUCAUUGCGGUAAAAAAAAACACCAUACACCACCACCACCAACAACAACAGCUCCUGGUUAUUGCCAAUUCAGAUCAUGACCAUUAAAAGUUUAAUACCAUCAACUGACGUGAUGCAAUUCACUUUGACUCCGAAGAUGACUACCGCAAGGUUUUCGGUCACUGUCAACUACAGUCCUAUUUAGGACUAAACUCACCCAAACGAUCCGAUGUCACCGACUUAUGAAACAGCAACUCUGUGUAGACCUAUUUGUCAGGGUUACCCGACUAGAGGAGUUUAAAAGUCCUUUCAUUUUUCCAAUACAUGCUGAUUUCUGGUAUUUCCUUAUUACGAAAUUAAUCUCGCAAAGAAUUUUUUGCAUUCACGCUCAUUUCUUCUCGAACUCAGGAUUUCUGGUGAUAAAGCCUACUUACUGAAUUUGGAUUCAGUCGUCCUUCCUGUUUACUGUCACAUGGCCACUGACCUUGGAUCGUGUAGACGUGGUGGAUGGACGCUGGUCAUGAAGAUUGACGGUACUAAGGUACAUUGAUACUAUUACCCUAAAAUUAAGCGGACACCAAGCUGCGUUCCGAAACGAACGUCUGAUAUUUCCCUUUAAAACGAACCCCUAUCCAGCGGACACCUCUACUGAGAGAACGCGGACACUAAAAUAAGUUGUAUUUGGCUAAUUUCUAUUGUUAAACACCUUAUUACCCUAAUUACUAUUCUCAGUGCUUAACCCUGAUCAAUGCAUCGUUGCUUAGCCUUAAUAACUAUUUUCAGCGCUUUAAACCCUAAAAACCAAGGUCAGUUCUUAAACCUGGUACUUUGUGCAGGCAUUAUAAGGUGUCGACACUAAGAGUAGAUAAGAAAACACUUUGCAGUCCCCUCAGAAUCGAUUUCUUAUGGCUGUAACACAAACAUAAAAAUCCAGGAAUUUCGUCAUUGCGCUCACAGUUUUGAGUAUAAUGAUGAUGCCGGAAAUGGUAUUUAGUUAUCCACAACUACUUGCUUUUUUUUGUUUUAUUACGUUAUUUAUGGAUUUUUUACUGUUUAUUUGUCCACAACGUUUUGUUGAAGUAAACUGACAAAGAUUGUAACUCUUCAAAAAGCCAUGACAGGACAAUUAGGAUAGCAGCCUGAAUGAGCGCCACGUUCUAUUCAAAAUGGAUUCGCAAUAGAAAUAAAAACUGACUGCCAUUUGAUUGUUAAUAGUCGCUCAGAAAUCUUUUUCCAAUUUUUUUUUUUUUAAUUUUUUUGCUUUUCUUAGCAGUUUCCUAAUGACUCUACCCUGGUGAAGAGAAAUAAGGCUGAAUACAGCACAAACAAUAACAUGACUAGGAUUUAGUUCAUAUUUCUGUUCGUUUUCUUAGAAUACCUUUCACUAUGAUUCUUCUUACUGGAGCAAUAAGACUGGAUACAGCCUCAACAACGGGGCUACCGGGUUUUCAGGUUUCCUCGAGACAAAGCUACCCAGCUACUGGAACUCAUCCGUCACUAAGAUCUGUCCCGGAAUGAGAAUCAAAACAAGCUCACAGAUAGCCUUUAUUGUCAUGAACAAGGAGGCCAGAUCACUAUACUCGCUUAUUGCUGACGGACAAUACAGCGCGACUUCAAUGGGUCGUAACCAGUGGAAGGCGCUGAUGGGGGUUGACGCUACCUUGCAAACUUUUUGCGACUACGAAGGGUUCAAUGUAGUAAGCUCUGACAGCGCAGGUUCACGCGCCAGGAUCGGUAUCGUGAAUAACGACAAUGAUUUGUGCAACACGUGCGACUCCAGAAUUGGGUUUGGUACAGGAGGGUAUAUUGAUGACACAAACACGUGCGGGAACGUUGGGCCUGGCUCAUCAGAUAACGGAGGCAAAAAUGUAAAGACCAUGGGAUACAUUUUUGUACAGUAA